GACGCGGGCGGCAGACGCGCCGCGAUGGUGGGCCGCGACAGCCGCUCGGAGAGCGCGGCGCGCCCCUGGGCGCCGCGGCAUGAGUAGCGCGCCCGCCCGGCCCGGCCCGCGCGCCAGCCAUGGCGCAGGCCGCGCCCGCGCCCCAUCGCACCCACUCCUUCGCGAAGAAGACCUUCCACAAGCCCACGUACUGCCACCACUGCUCCGAUCUGCUGUGGGGCCUCAUCGGGCAGGGCUACGGCUGCGAAGUGUGCAACUUCAUUGUGCACGAGCGAUGUGUGGGGCAGGUGGUGACGCCGUGCUGCGGGGUGGCGCCGAGCCUUAUAAAGAAUCCCGUGGCUCACUGCUGGUCGGAGCCGACACAUCACAAACGCAAGUUCUGCACGGUGUGUCGGAAACGGCUGGAUGAAUUACCAGCUUUACACUGCAUGAUAUGCGAGUACUACGUGCACGGAGAGUGCGUGGACUUCGCGGCUGCAGACUGCAAGGAGAACGCGACAUACUGCGCGGGCAGCGAGCCGCGGCACGUGCACCACUGGCGCGAGGGCAACCUGCCCGCCAACUCCAAAUGCGCCGCGUGCCGCCGCGCCUGCUGCUCCGCGGAAUGUCUCACCGGCUACCGCUGCGAGUGGUGCGGCACCACGUGCCACGCCGGCUGCCGCGCACUCAUACCGGACGAAUGCAACUUCGGCAUGCUGCAGCCGAUCUUCCUGCCUCCCUCAUCGGUGUCCAUCCCGCGCACGGAGGUGCCCAUGGAGGCCAUCAUCGGCGUGCACGUGCGCCCGCCUCCCUCGCAGCGCGACUUCGGCUGCCCGCGCGAGCGCCGCGGCACGGGCGGCUGGGGCCCGGCGCGACUGGUCACGCUGGCGCGGCGCCUGCUGCCCGCCGCCUGCAGCCCGCACGGCGGCGCCUCGCCCCCGUACUCCCGAGCGCGCAGCGUGAGCGAGGAGUUCAGCUCGGGCUGCGAGGGCCGCUCGGGCUCCGGCGGCGGCUCCACCGGUGCACCAGCCGACCAGGAACACCGCCCCGACCAUAAGCAGCACCGCGAUCGUACACCAGAUGAUAGAGAUGAAGAAGUAGUAAAGGUGUACGACGGCGAGGCUGCGUGGUCCCGGCGGCUGUAUCGGCCGGUGGUGGUGGGCCGCAACUGGAACGAGCGCGAGCUGGUCUCGGCAGCCCUGCGCGCGUUCCACGUGGCUCGCGACCCUGACCAGUUCGAGCUGACGGACGCGCUCGCCGGCGAUGAGCCGCCACUCAAGGACCCCACGCCACUCGCGCGUGUCACCAGGCUGCCUAACAAGCGACCUGCCCUAUUCCUGCGUUUUAAAGAGCCCGAGACAGGAGGCGGGGAGGUUCGCGUGUACCCGGGGCGGGUGGCGGGCGCGGGCGAGACGUUCGUGACGGUGCCGUGCUCCGGCGACGACACCGUGGCGGACCUCAUGGCGGCCGCACUCGAGCGCUUCGGCCUCGACCCCGCCAAUGCCACCGCCGAGUAUCGCUGCUCUGAGAUACUGCUCGAUCGCGGAGUAUCGGAGCGCGUGCUGGAGGAGGACGAGCGUCCGUGGCGCAUCGUGGUGCGGCUGGCGCGCGAGUCGGUGCGGCGCAUGGAGCUGGCGCGCUUCUACCUGCAGCCGCGCCGCGACCCGCACGGGCCCACGCUCGCGCUCUUCGUCGCCUCGCUUCCGCCCGGCCUCUCCGAGCGGAACUACGAGAACAUACUCGUCGAGUUUCUCGGAACAGAGAACAAGUUCACAUCGAUCGGUCCGAUCUACUACGAGUACGGGUCGAUGGUGAUCACGUACGAGGACGCGAGCAAGGCGGUGCGCGCGCUCUACGCACUCAGAGAGGCCAAAUAUGAAGAUAAGCAUUUAUUAGUUAUGCUCCUGCCCAGCAUAGAGCCGUCGAUGGUGCCGGCGGGCGUGAAGCCGCUGCUGGUAUUCGUCAACGUCAAGUCCGGCGGCUGCCAGGGCCUGGAGCUCAUCUCCUCCUUUAGGAAACUCCUAAACCCCUACCAGGUGUUCGACCUCGAGAAUGGAGGUCCGUUACCUGGGCUGUACGUGUUUCGUCACAUUCCCAACUACAAGAUCCUGGUGUGCGGCGGCGACGGCACCAUCGGCUGGGUGCUGCAGUGCCUCGACAACGUCGGCCAGGACUCCCAGUGCUCCAACCCUCCCUGCGCAAUCGUGCCUCUCGGCACCGGUAACGACCUAGCCCGCGUACUGCGCUGGGGCUCCGGGUACACUGGCUGCGAGGACCCGCUGUCGCUGCUGCGUGACGUCAUCGACGCCGAGGAGAUCCGCCUCGACCGUUGGACCGUCGUGUUCCACCCGGAGGACAAGCAGGACGAGCCCAAGGAUGUCUCCAAACAACUACCUGCGUCAGUGACGACGGGGUCGCAGAGUGAGGACAACUCGCAGAUCCUGGUGAUGAACAACUACUUCGGCAUCGGCAUCGACGCAGACCUCUGCCUCGACUUCCACAACGCACGCGAGGAGAACCCCAACAAAUUCAACAGCAGAUUGCGCAACAAGGGCGUGUACGUAAAGAUGGGCCUGCGCAAGAUGGUGGGCCGCAAGAUGUGCAAGGACCUGCACAAGGCGGUGCGGCUCGAGGUGGACGGCAAGCAGGUCGAGCUGCCGGCCGUCGAGGGCAUCAUCAUACUUAAUAUACUCAGCUGGGGCUCGGGAGCGAACCCUUGGGGUCCGGAGAAGGACGACCAGUUCAACAAGCCCAACCACUGGGACGGCAUGCUGGAGGUGGUGGGGGUUACCGGCGUCGUGCAUCUCGGCCAGAUCCAGUCCGGCCUGCGCGGCGCCAUGCGGAUAGCACAGGGUGGUCACAUCAAGAUCAACCUGCGGAGCGAUCCGGUGCAGGUGGACGGCGAGCCGUGGGUCGCCGCCCCCAGCGAGGUGGUCGUCCUCAAGUCCGCUCUCAAGGCUACCAUGCUCAAGAAGCGCGCGAAGGUGCGGCGCCGCAACACCGAGCCGGCGAUGCCGCCGCGGCCGAGGCCCCCUCCGCCCCCGCCGCCGCCGCCCGAGGACUCCUGAAUCUGGCUGAGCGAGCGGCUCAUCUAAUGCCCGCGCCCGCCCAGGGCUCAAGGCCGGCGCGCGCGCGCCGCUCGCUGCUGCCGCGACUCGAACCCGCACCCGUCAGCCUCCCCCUUCACACUCCGUGUCAUCCCGCCCGAACCCGUACUCCGACCCGUACUCCGACCCGCGCUCCGAGCUGCGCUCCGACCCGUACUCCAACCCGUACUCCGACAGGUACCCGUCACCAUCGCCGCCUCUGCAGCGCACUGACGGCGCUUCUCGUGUAAAUAAAUUAUUAAACAAAACUAAUAUAUAACUUAUAAUAAAAAAAAUAAAUUUAUAGUCAUUA